CCGGAGGCGGAUGUGAGGUUUGAAAUACUCCAGCUCCGGGACCGCGUUGGAUGCUUGGUUGAUACAGAGAUGAGCGGUGACAACGUGAAGUUGUUUGUGGGCAACCUUCCUUUAGAUGCAACUCACGACGAGCUAAACAAGCUCUUUGCACCGUAUGGAGAAAUCAACACCUGCUCACUACUCAGACAGUAUGCCUUUGUUACCCUGAAGGGAGAGGGGGCAGCAGACAGGGCUAUACGGCAUCUUGAUGGCAAAGAGUACAGAGGCAGGCCCCUGGUGGUCGAGGAAUCCCGUGCACGGCCACCCAACUCCACUAAAGUAUUUGUGGGGAAUCUCAGUGCUACAUGUUCAGCAGAUGACUUGCACGGGCUGUUCUCAACUUUCGGAAGAGUUUUAGACUGUGAUAAAGUCAAAGCCAGAUUAUGCUCAAAUGUUGGCUACGCCUUUGUGCAUAUGGAGAGGAAGGAGGAAGCCAUGGCAGCUAUUGAUGCUCUCAACGGGACCAUGUUCAAGGGCCGUCAGUUGGCUGUGGAGCUGUCCAAAGCCCAACCUUUGAUCAACCAGAUUGUAACAGCCGGAAAUUCAGGCAACCCUGCAGGUGGCAGAGAGGGUCUUCUUCCCCGACCACCGCCAUCACUAGAGCAUCACCAGAGUCAAGCAGCUGUGCUAGCAGCAGCUGCAGCAGCUGCUGCAGGACUACCCAUACAAGUUCAACAAAGUGUCCAUAAUUCAUUCUACAACACCACAUCCUUUGACCCCACCUACGCUGCUCUGAAGGGCAUUACAAGUGCUAAAGGUGCAGACGGGGUGAUAUACGGUGCUCUUGCCAGCCAGGUGUAUGGAUCCGUUGCUGACCAGGUGUACCACGACCUGGCCAAUCACAAUUCUGGACCCAGUGCUGCUGCUGCUGCUGCUGCUGCUGCUGUUGAAGAAGUUGAACCACAGACUGGACCAGAUCCAACCACGCUUUUUGAGGCAGCAAGAGCCAAGUUCUUUCAGGAGGGACAGAAGGUUCUGGCAGAGCAACAGGCAGGUAGAAAGGCAGCAUCAUCAGAAAAUGAGCGGGACCGCAGCCCAAUCAGAGGAAAUCGAGCCCCCCUCCUCCCCGACCCUGUUCCAGGUUCCUUCGCUCAGAUACGACCCAAACGACGCGCCCUGCUGCCGACACCACCUGGAGCUCCUGAAGAACCAGCAGCUGCCACUACCACUCCUGAAGGGUCAGAUCCUGUUGCUAGGUCUUACACAGAGUACUACCAGCAAAUGCAUCAAUACCAACAGUAUCAACAGUACCAACAACAGUACCAGUACCUCCAGUAUGCCUACACCAAUCCUCCUCCGCCACCUCCUCCGCCUCCACCAGCCACCACACAGGCCUCCACCACAGCCCCUGCACCCCCAGGGACAUACACAGCACCCCCAACAUAUGCCGCAUCGGGACCCUACGCAGCACCAGGAACAUACGGCGCUUCGGGAAGUUAUGACGCCUCAUCAGGGAGCUACGACGCUUCAUCUGGGAACUACGAUGCCUCGUCGGGAAGCUACGAUGCCUCGACGGGCUAUGAUGCAUCUGGAGGCUACGGAGCAUAUGAUUCAUCGGGAGCUUACGCAGCAGCAGCGGGAAGCUACUCCACAUCCACACCGUAUGAGCAGACACCCGCACACGGGCAACCCAUGCCCCAGCGCCAUGAUUACCCUUACCACACGCCAGAACCCCCUUAUCGAUAGUCCCAUUCCCCACACACUCCUUCCAAACUGCAGAUGUGUGUGUGUUUGUGGUUGUGCGUGCGUGUGUGUGUGUGUGCAUGCGCGCGUGCGUGUGUAUUUACAUAAGGGACAGUUUAAAGAGGAAAAUUGGAGAGGGAGCAAGGCUGUAAUUUGAAUGUGGGAAUCUGCUUUAAAUCUGAAGCAUCUCCCCUUUUGUACAUUUUAACCUAGUCUGUAACUAGCUUGCCUGUCAGCUAAUGGACUUUAAGUGGGUGACUAUCUGAGUUAACAAGUGGACACAGGUGGACAUGAGUGGGACAGCUAAUAUCGGAAUAUUCAGUUUUCGGUUAGAUGUUAUAGAGGCACAGCUGGAUCCUUGUUGAAUGUUACGGAAGUUUAAAUGUUUCUUUGGACAAAAUUAGACUCAGAGGACAGGGUUGGAUACAGAGAAGCUUUUUGUUUGGUGAUGGAUCAAGGCCUCUUACGUACUCCACAUAAAAACAUGGAGGUUCCCUUGCAAUGUUGCAUAGUAAAAUGUGCAGUCCAACAUUGAUACUAAAUUUAAACUGCAUCAUCACAUUUUAUGUGGGCACAAGACUAAAAAUACCGCUCAAUAACUAAAUAACUAGUUGAGAGGUUAUUUAAACAGAUGAACUCUUGCCCUGGCAAAAUGAGAAAAUUAUCCAUCUUUCACUCUUGACUUGUUCACAGGAUACAGAAAAACGUCCUCUUGUCAGAACUUUUCUUUCUUUGUGCGAUGACCAAUUUCAAAUAUACAUUCGAGCCCACACACUUGUGUUGUUGUAGGAUCACCCUUUGUGGAGUAUGUAACAAGCCUUAGUUGGAACUCUGUCACAUCGAUCCUCUUCUAUUCAACAGCCUGUUUGUCCAGACAUUUAACUGCAGACAUUUCAGCAGUGCAUCAGGCUGAUUUUGUUGCCAUUUUUGCUGAAGACCCUUCACCUGGAUGAUGAAUGAGAAUGUGUGUUAAUUGACUGGAUUGUCUUAUGACUAUGUCACUGAGCUAACAGGUCUUUAAAGCUAAUGAAGCAAUUCACACUCAUAUUGGUGUUGUAUCAUUUUUUGACCCUUUCAGCUUUUUGGGUCAUGGAAAUCUUUGAUGUGGCAAAAAUCACAAAUCGAUUAGUUGGAAUUGUAGACAAAUCAGAUUAUGUUGCAGCCCACUUAAGUUUGUAUCAAAAUGUGAUUUUGUGGUUGCCUGCUGGCAUAAAAGGUUUUCUUGAGCCUGCCUGUUUUUGGUGUGUGCCUCCACAGUAAAUUUCUGGUACACACAGGCAUCUUGUUUGAUUGGGAUUUAGUUUAACUUAAGAUAGAUAUUACCAGUCCAUGACUGUGCAUGCUGAAGUUUUAUACUUAGGAGGGAUAGCCAAGAACUUUUGAAAUGACUUUGAUAACAACAGGGUAAAAACACUGAAUGGAUAUUUUCAGCAAUUGAAUUGAAGUAGGUUACUUGGAUGUUCUCUUGGAGCAGUUUGAUAUAAUUUACCUUGCUUGUUUUUUUCUCGUUCAGGCUCUUGAAGUUGGCACAAACACAAGUACCACUCUGACGAGUUUAAUAUGUCCUGUCAGAGUUUUUGGUCCAAGGUCAGUGUUUGCCUCUCAAACAUGAGAAAGGAAUCAAAGCAAUUUUGUAAUCAUUCACAUUCAUUUGUGUCUAUUUCAGUUUUGUGUUGAAUUGCUGUUAGAUCAUCUUGUGCGAAAACCAAGUUAAAUGGUUUUUAAUACUUGGUUGAAACCAAGAACCCAGCCUGAAGAAGAGGACUUGUGUCGUUGUUGGUUUUGUAUGUACAUAUUUGAAUUUAUAAAAGCCAGAGGAAUCGCAGCAAAUAUUGUUUGGCUAAUGACGUUCAAAGAAUCUGAGCUUUAGGGAUACUUCAUUUUCCAAUUGGUUUUUGAUUUUCUAUUGUUAGUUUUGUUCCAGUUGCGGCUGCUUUUGUGCUUCAGCACAUUUUGGAAAUCACUGGCGAUCUAGAGGGAAAGUUGAGCUAAUUUUCAUACUAGAAAAUGUAAAAAUUGGUACUUCUGUAAAUACUUGAAACCUUAUUUUAAACUGAAAAAGUAAUGUCAACCAACAUUUGGUAAGAACAUUGACUGUUAAUAUUAAGAUGAAGUGAUUGUUUCUUCCUGAACAGCGGAAGAUAGCGAGUAUGGACGAGAUGAAAUGGGACUAUUGAGCUGUUCUAACCAGGCUGUAAAAAAAAAAAAAAAAAGGCAGACACUUUUGAAUUGCUGAAAAGAAGUACUGUCAUGUGAGUGUUUUGAGCCACUGUGGCAAAGGGUAUGAACUGAACACGCUGGAUACAAGCUGAAGUACAGAUUCUAGAAAUAAAAAAUAAAAAAAAAAAGAAAGGAAAAAAGAGAAAUCAUUCGAGCUGAGAGUGGGUACAAGUGCAUCUUUCCUAAAUGCAGUGCAGUGGUGUGUUGGUGAUGUUGUGUAGCAUAGGGUUAUUGACUGAGUGGACAUGAGGUGACAGUCUUGGUGCUGCAGUUGAACAUGAAGGUUGUUUUGGAUAUAGUAAAGGCCGCUGAUUUUUAUUUUUUAUUUUUUUUGUUUGUUUUGUUUUUUUCCCCGAGCAGCAGUGAGAAGGGCUGGUGACUUUUCCUUUUCCCUCUUCUGAUCUCAACAGAAACACAGUUCAUUUUGACACAUGGCUAGGAUCACUUGCUUUCUCUGCAUUCAUAUCACACCUAGACAGCUGUCCGAUCCCACACUUAUACCUAUAUGUAUUUUGCAUUUUACUCAUGUAAAGCAGACUACAUGUGCAAAUGAUACUAAUGCACACCUGAUUCCACCUGAAUUUUAUAUGACUUACAGUAGUUGUUCCGUUCGUGAUUGAACCACACACCAGUUACUCAUCCUAUUUCUUAUUCGCCACCUGCAUUGGUAGUGCUGUGCUAGGUUUAAGUGACACAUAGCCUCUCUACUUUUCCACAUUAUUCCACCUUCUCCAUGUGAUCUGUUAGUUGCAUGCCUUGUUGUUGCUGCUGCUCCAGCCACCUUCUUCCUCUUGCUGAUUAUUGCAGCUAGAGUGGGAGGGAGCCAAACUGAGCCCUUGCCCUGGACGUACGCCACACGCAGCUGUAGCGUGGGAUGGGGAAAACAGCAGCGUUAGGCCUGAAACUGCUGUGGACGAUGGGGUGUCCCCCCACUAAGGUAAACACUCAGACCACACACUCCUGCCCCGCCCCGAAACACGCGUUUACACUCACAAACACACUCAUACACACAUACAGAUACACCUUUGGCCAUACCUUCUAUUCCUCACCUGUCGUCAGGGAUUUUUUUUUGUCAGGAUUUCAGAUUUUUUGGAAAUGGAUCUCUCAUCUAUUUUUAAAGGGAGAUUACCUUUUUUUUCAUGCUUUCGAUUUUCCUGAUCAUAUCCCUACACCCCCACCCCACCCCUCAUCCCCCCAAGUAUACUCUGCUCAUACAUUCCAGUUCCCAACAUACUGACUGCUCACACACCCAUCUUUUGAGGACAUGUACACCAUCAUUUAGUCUAAAACUGAACCCUUUCUGAAGCAGGCACAUUGUUGUUAGUACAUCCCGUAUCUAACAGCCUGUCACUCAAGAGUACCAGGCAAUCACAGCCAGAGCUGGACGUGGGACAUUUAGGUAGGAUGCGUUGUUUUAGUUUUUGUAAAUGUGCCCCUGGGGCCACUUUGGGGUUAAGUGCCUUGCUUAAGAGCACAUCUGUAGGCCCUCCAUUUCAGAGUUGAAUAACCUGGCUCAGGAUCGGUUGCUGGUUCAACGCUCGACUCCCCCUCUCCCCCCAAACAGCGAUUUUUGAUGCCACAUUCAACUUGUAUGAAUGACAAUGAACACAAAUAUUAUCAUUUUGUUUUAAAUUACAUUUUGUCCUAUGUUCUUUGAAAUGUUUAAUUAUCAAUAAAUGAAUUUCAACUGAA